AUGAGCUACAGGACGCCGCUAACGACUCCGACGACGAGGCAGGUAAAACAAACGGGGUCAGCAAGGGAUCACUCGAGCGAUCCAAAGAGCGAAGGCCCUUCCAUCGAGACGACAGGGACUUCCGGCACUGCCAGGAACGCUAGGGAUGUCCUCAAAGGGAAGAGCUCUUCUAGCCGCCUCCUGGAGAUCUAUCAGUCCCCAAAGAGGAUUAUGCACUUGCUAGAUCCACACUCCGGAGAGUCCUGGAUGCUCAAGUUCCACAAGUCGCUGCAUGCCUCAACCUGCAAUCGAGCCAUGAAGUUGAUCCAAUCACUUUGCCAUCUGAUCGCCAAGGCAACUGACCUGGUGUGCUGGAUCGAUCAGAAGUACAUCAAUGGGAGCGGAUACGACAACGUGCCUGCCGUCACUUUGAUGUUUCUGAGUGACGCAUACGUGCUCUCUAACAAGUGCAGGUGUGAGUUCUCAUACGCCGUGAAUGCGGGUCACUGGAUCAUCCCUGUCCUGUUGGAAGAGAACGAGAUGGUAAAGGAUGGACAGAUAGCAUGCUCGACUGGUUGGAGCGGUCAAGGAUCGGGUGACCCUGCCUGGUGGAGGCAUGCGCAGGUGCUGUGCGAGGCCGAGGAUGGGAAGCACACGGUGACGGCAUGGCACCAUCUGCAAGCCUUCUCCCCUCCGAUAGACAUGAGGGAGGUGGAGUCUCGUGGAGUCAGCGAUGAGGACCUGGGGACGAGGGUGGUGGAGAGGCUCGUGUCUCACUUCUGCCGUGAAGAAGCGUUUCCUCGCGAGAAGCUCAUCAGCACUGCGUUGAUCCAGCAGGGGUCAGCGCGGAUCUUCGGUCAGAACCUCGACGACCACAAGAUGCGGGUGAUUCGCAACGUCGUGCAGUCACCUUUGCAUGCCGAAUCUCGCCCGAGGAGCGGUGCGGACCUCUUCAAGAUGAGGCGGCAUAUGCUGCUGUCGAAGCAGUUCUGGAGCUUCAAGAGGAGUGUCAGGGGAGACAGCUUCUCGAAGAAGUUAGAGUCAGACAAAGAUUCUGGAGACAGGAAGGAGAGGCUCAGGUCAAUCUUGGUUAAAAGUAUUCAAGAUGCAUCAUAA